GCCCAACCUCUAAGCGCCCACGACAUACAGCCAAUCAUGGAGCUUCGCUAGGCAAGAUGCCACCAUGCAUGGCUCCAUCCUAUGCAGCAGUUGGACGUUGCUCCAGGCUCUGUGGCUCCUGAUGCCGCCCGCAUGAGAGAUGAGAGUGUACUCUGUCCCUCAUUCAUCCACCCAUCCAUACAUAGGGCCCAUAUUCUCCAUUGGCCCCUGCAAAUGCCAUGCCAGCCUGGUGAGUCCCUCUUGCGUAAAGUGAUGUCUGGUGUCUGUGCCGUACGGGUUUGCCCCUCCCUCGCUGCCGCUGACGAAACCCCCGGUUACCCCCCCAUCCCGUCUCAUCCCAUCCAUCCCAUCCUGCCCAAUACUUCCCGCUGCCAGACCCAAACCCUACCUGGCGCUUCCGUCGUCCUAUCUGUCACGUUCUUAAUCUUUUUUUCAUGAGCGCGUUUCCAUCUACCUGACAAGUUGAACUUCUGCUCUCCCUCCUCUCGAAGCUCGCACUUUUUGGUGUCCUAUAUCCCGCCCGUGCCGCAUCUGUUCCGUCCAUCUCUCCGGCUUGACAAGCCGGCCGGCCAUAUAUGCGACCUCUUCCGUAAAGACUCGGACCCCACCAACCCCCCAUCAGCUGCGAUCCUC